GGGCGUCCAAUGGGGAAUGGUGGAUGUAUUCUGCCGAACGGACAGCCGUACCUAAUGGCACUCCGAAAAGAGUACAGAAUGAUGACAGACAAUGAGAGAAACAGAUGGAACAACGCUAUACUCCAACUUAAAAGAAGUGGUGAAUACGACAGACUUAGUGUUAUGCAUAGACAAGUUGGUUCCUCAUCGGGUGCUCACUCAGGUCCAGGCUUCUUGCCAUGGCACAGGGAAUAUAUGAAGAGAGUCGAGAUCGCCGUUCGAAUGAUCGAUCCUGGUGUUUCGAUGCCAUAUUGGGACUCCGUUAUGGAUUCGUACUUGCCUGACCCGCGUGACUCCAUUCUUUUCUCCCCAUUAUUUAUGGGAGAUACCGACGGUGCUGGUCAAGUGGUUCGCGGCCCCUUUGCAGGGUUUAGAACUCUUGAAGGUAGACCCAAUAUCCUCAGGCGACUUGCGACUGAAGGAAAACUUUUCACCGAGGCAAACAUCAACAAUUUAUUGAGCCAAAACGAAAUUCAGAAUGUCUUGGCUUACACCGCACCCCAGAAUGGUAGGUGA